AUGGAUGUGUUUCCUCAGGUUGAUUCACGAAUUCUGAAGGCAGUUGCUAUUGAACAUUCUAAAGAUGCUGAUCUUGCUGUUGAAGUUGUUCUUCUGGAGGUUAUUCCUUUUCUUUCCAGGCAGUCUGCUGUUCCGAGUCCUCCCCAUGGGGAAAGCAGCCUAAGUCUUCCAUCAGACGAAGAAGCUGAACAUGAGAAACAAACUGGGCUGAGGCAUCGACGGGUUAUUUCGGUGAAAAGUCUGGGAUCUUCUUCUGAACCAAGAUUAGUAGCUGAAGAAGAUGCCGGGAAAACUGACCUAACUAGUGAUGUCAAUGAUAGUGAUUCAACUCAUCAAGAAAAGAGUCAGGAUCAACCUAUGGUUGUAUCUGCUGAUGCGAAUGCUGACACCAAUCAGUUGCAAGGGCAUAUUGAAAGUGAAGAAUUGAUAUUGUUGGGAGAGCCUCAACGACAACAAGACAGUUUGCAACCUGGUUCAAGUCAGAUAUUAAAGGUAGUUCCAAAUGCUUUGAUGCACGAAGUUAAUGCUGAUCAUGCUCAAUUAUAUGAUUCCCAAAUUGAGGUUCCAUCUUCUUUGGGUAAUUGCCUAGAUUUUAGCAUCAGAGUUGGGCAUGAGCAGACUUCCCUAGUUAUGCCUACCAUUUUGGUACAGGAAAAUGGUGAAUUAAGUGGUGGCUUGACUGAUUCUAUUAGCACCAGAGUUGGGCAUGAGCAGACUCUCCAAGUUAUGCCAACCAGUUUGGUACAGGAAAAUGGUGAAUUAAGUGGCAGCUUGACUGAUUCUCAUAGUCAGUGGAAACAUUUUGAUUGUCCUGAGGAUGUUGAGUUUGAUAUGGUUAUCCGUGCAAAAAGCUCUCAAGUAGAAUCUUGUGUAGAUGACAUUGCAUCAAGUGUAACAAAUACUGUGGUAGAACAGACACCAGAUUCGGCAGAAGGUGGUCUUCAUUCUGAUUUUGGCGGCAUCUCCAUUAAGGAUUCUGAAAAUAUGAACUCCAAGCAAAAUAUAAAAAUUGAACUUCUUGAUGAGAUUAUAGAAGCUGCUAAAGACAAUAAGAGAACCUUGUUUUCGGCCAUGGAGUCAGUUAUGAACAUGAUGAAAGAGGUUGAACUUCAAGAGAGAGCUGCAGAACAAGCUAAAGAGGAAGCUGCUAGUGGAGGUUUGGACAUUCUAGUCAAGGUUGAGGAACUGAAACAGAUGCUGGUACACGCAAAAGAGGCAAAUGACAUGCACGCUGGAGAAGUUUAUGGAGAGAAGGCGAUUCUAGCUACUGAAGUGAGGGAGUUGCAGGCUCGACUACUCAGCUUGUCAGAUGAAAGGGAUAAUGCUCUUGCGAUUCUUGAUGAGAUGCAUCAAACUCUCGAAUCACGGUUAGCUGCAGCAGAGGAGCUAAGAAAGGCAGCUGAGUUGGAGAAGCUGGAUAAGGAGGAGACUGCACGAAAUGCUCUUGCCGAGCAAGAAAUCAUAAUGGAGAAGGUGGUGCAAGAGUCAAAAAUUCUACAAAAGGAGGUGGAGGAGAAUGCUAAGCUGCGUGAGUUUCUCAUGGACCGUGGUUGUGUUGUUGAUACAUUGCAAGGAGAAAUAUCUGUUAUUUGUCAGGAUGUGAGACUGCUGAAAGAGAAAUUUGAUCACCGUGUUCCAUUGAGCAAAUCUGUUUCCUCCACCCAGACUAGUUGCAUUUUAGCCUCGUCAGGUUCAUCCGUUAAAAGCAUGGCAUCCGAUAUAGCUUCUGAACUAGGCGAACCAUCUGAGAGUCCAAAAGAGCCAAGCCCCACAUGCUCGAUUCAUGCUCAAUCAUCGAAGUCCCUUAAAGCGGUGGAAAAGGAUUUCGCUAUUGAGAAACAGCUUUUGGAUGAUGGAUGGGAUUUACUGGAAGAGUGA